UUCAGUAGUCCAUCGGCAACCAUUCCAGCCUUCGUGUGGCUGUUUCGGAAGUACAACAGACGGUUUCGGUGCUCCUGGAAAGCUCCGCAGAUCGGUUUAGUCGCGAGUUUCGUGCCCUUUCCAAAAAAGCUGCCGCGAAGAGCCUCUCUCCAAGACCGAUCGCUGGGCUUGUGGGCAGGUGGUAGUGUUUGUUUGUGCGCUCUGCAACUCUGCAAACCGAGGAGUUGCGAAAACUGUGAUCAUUCCUUAGAACAUAAGACACAUCGUGUGCGAAAGUUGAAAGUUUGAACAGUGAGUUUUAAGUUGAAUAGACCCACGGGAGUGCAAACACGUUUUCUUACAAAAAGUUUUCUUAACGCCUAGAAAGUGAAAAUGCCAGCCAAGAAAGGAGGAAAAGCCGGCACCGAGGAUGCGGAGCAGAAAGAUAACUCGGGCUACUAUGCACUAGGUGGUGUAGCCGUCGUUAUUCUGUACCUGGCCUUCGGUUAUGGAGCGCAGAUCCUCUGCAACGUGAUCGGUGUCGCGUAUCCCGCCUACAUCUCGAUGAAAGCCAUCGAAACCCGCACGAAGGAGGACGACACCAAGUGGCUGACGUACUGGGUGACGUUCGGUGUGCUGUCGGUGUUUGAGCAUUUCUCCUUUUUCCUGGUUCAGAUCAUCCCGUUCUACUGGCUGCUGAAGUGCAUCUUCCACAUCUGGUGUAUGGUACCGAUCGAGAACAAUGGCUCCACGAUCAUGUACAACAAAGUUAUUCAGCCGUACUUCAAGAAAUACGAAAAUGUUGCCGACAACUUCAUCAGCGAGACCACGGACAAGCUGAAGCAGACGGCUGGCGAAAUGAUCUCGAAAGUGAAAUCCACCUAAGCAGGAUGGAAUUCCUUCCACACACGCUACACACAAUCACACAAACACACACUGAGCCACACAGCUAGAUUAAUAGGACCCUCUCGACCUCUGGCCCCGUCGCCGAAGGACGCUCGGCUUCUGCGAAUUUGGACGAUCUUCUAGUUAAUUUAAGGCCGGAUUAAAGGAAGAGUGAAACAUGGAAGUGCGAUAGACGCCAGCGUCACCAACCAUUAGCUUGUUCUUUGAUUUUUUAUUUCGUUCGACAUAUGAGAACCAUACAAAAAAGAGGGGAACGGUAAAUUAUGUAAACCAUCGCUUUUUGCCAUUUUCUUUAUGCGCAAUGGGAACAUUUACAGGCUUAUGUUAGUCAAUAGUUGAAAACGUGGCAAGGAUUCUAUGUUCCAAGAGUUGAAGUAAACCUUUUGUAACAAUUCUUGCUAGAUUUGAAGCCAUCUUCAUUAAUAUAUGUAUUCUCUAAACCGAUUA